AUGCCGACAUCUCCUGGUGGUCCGGUGCUAGCAACAGCAAGGCCCAGCACUAGACAAGCUUCCAGCUCAAACUUCCGUUCUGAAAGUUCCGCUGCUAGAUGCCGUGUCUUCCAAAGAAGAGAUCAGAAGCUACUUAAAGCUAAAACCCAACCACAGUUAGAAAAUGCCCAAUUACGAUACAGAGUAAAUUUCACAUAUUCUGCAAGAUGCCCAGUCUCCAUGCCUGCAAACAACACAGCCAAGCCAACAGCCCUGUCUACACGGGUCUACCCAGGGGGAUGUCUUGCAUAUAUUCGUUAUUUACAGUGGAUAAUUAGGUUGAUUGUGUUUCAAAUGGAUUUAUUUCAUCAGAGUUUAGAAAAGUCAAUUAGGCGGUUGCAUCGUAUAAUAGAUUCAGAUACCGUUAAAUUAAAGAACAGAGUUAAAAUAAUGAAAUGUAAAAGAGUUAAAGGCAAUAACUUAGUCAAAGGACUACAGAGCCUUAAUGCCAAGAAAGAUUCAGUUAAAACGUGUUCAAAACGAACCUUGAACCUGCUGCACGUUAGAAAACGUUUAUGCGACGAUAGCAUAAGAGUAGAAAUUAGGCUGCUGGACUCCAAAUUAGCACCGCUUCCUCAAGGUGUGGUCCCACAACGUAAAUUUGUGGAUUCUAAAAUGGCUUCAAAUACUCGAGAUUUCAACGAGAAAAUGAAACGUCUGACAUCGAGGUACUCGUCGUUUUGUAAGAUGUUUAGUGACGAUUUUAUGGUUGUUGACAUCUAA